AUGUUCGCUUCAAUUAAUUUCUUUCUCAUCGUCUGUAUUUGUAAUAGUGAAAUUUUCGCUCAAUCUUGUAUUUAUUCAUCAGAUCCGUUAGUUCGAUGUACAACACAGGGACUCAUACGCGGUGCACGGUUUGAUUUUCUUGUCAAUACAUCCAAUUCAACAACAAUUUUUCUCGAGCCGCAAAGUGUGCAUUCCUUUCUCGGAAUUCCGUAUGGUGAACCGCCAGUAGGGGACAAUCGUUUUCGAAAACCAGUUCCAAAGCAUUCGUGGCCACGUGGUACAAUUUAUAAUGCAACAUCGUUGCCUAAUUCGUGUCAUCAAAUGAUUAUCGAAGUUUUCAACACUACAGGCGAACGGAUUUGGACACCGUUCACACCGUUAAGUGAAGAUUGUUUGUAUUUAAACAUCUGGGCACCGGUCUCAGCUCGUCAACAGCAACCGUUAGCAGUUAUGGUUUGGAUUUACGGUGGAGGUUUCGUCUCAGGAACAAGUACAUUGAGACUUUAUGAUGGUUCAAUAUUGUCUUCAACACAAAACGUCAUCGUCGUCUCUAUAGAAUAUCGUCUGGAUUCGCUUGGUUUUCUUUACUUGGAUAGGGCGGACGCUCCUGGGAAUCAAGGUCUUUAUGACCAACAACUGGCAUUAGAAUGGAUAUAUAAAAAUAUCAAGAACUUCGGUGGUGAUCCUCAACGUAUAACAUUGUUCGGUGAAUCGGCUGGCGCCGUGUCCGUCGGUUUGCAUUUACUGUCACCAAAAUCGCGUCCGUUGUUUACGAAUGCCAUCUUAGAAAGUUCAGGUGUUACUGCUAAAUGGGCAGUUAUUCCUCCACAAAUCGCCAAAUACCGUUCGGAGAAAUUUCUCGAUACGAUUGUUCAGUAUAUCAAAAAUCGAUAUGAAGCUGGACCGGAUGAUUCGGAGUAUUCUUCAAUACCAAAACAAUGUCAGAAACAUUUGGUUACCGUCGAAGAGAAAUUCUUAUGUGUGAAAAAUUAUCCGAUUUUAAAUCAAAAUCAUUAUCGCGCAUCGUGGGCAUUGGAAACAUAUAACGGCAAACCGAUUGCCUUUACAUUCGUACCAACUGUCGAUGGAGAUUUUCUUCCUUAUAAUCCGGAAGAUAUGCUUGUCCGCGGAGAUUUCAAAAAAUGUUCAAUUCUUCUCGGAGUUAACAAAGAUGAAGGUGCGUAUUUUAAUGCCUAUUAUCCAUAUGGAAAUAUGAGUGUUGAUUCUUGGGCAUCGGUGGAUUAUAAAACAUUUCAAGAAGCGAUGAAUGAUUAUUUUCGAUACAUGCCAGCAUAUCCAACCGAACGAGCACCAAUGAUGUUAGAAAGUAUUUUACAAAUGUAUACCGUUUGGAAUGAUUAUAAUAAUACGAUACAAAAUGCAAUUCAACUUAGUUUAGCUGUUGGUGAUUAUCAUUUUACUUGUCCAACAAUUUUCCUUGCUGAUGUGUAUACUCAAGAACAACUGCCUGUUUAUUUCUAUUAUUUUACUUUACGUUCAUCGAUCAAUCCUUGGCAUCAAUGGAUGGGUGUACUUCAUGGUGAUGAAAUAAUGUUCAUCUUCGGAGAACCAUUGAAUACAACCGAUGAUCUUUUCUAUGCGUAUGAAGAAAUCCUCCUGAGCUUAAAAAUGAUGAAUUAUUGGGCAAAUUUUGCAAAAUAUAGCAAUCCAAAUCAACGACACGAAGCACAAUGGACUAAUGAAUGGCGUUUAUAUAAAUGGCCAAAUCGGGAGCAUCUUGUUUUAGAUCUUGAUUUAGCAAAAAGACACAUUCCAGAGCAUGGAUCAGCACUCCGAGCUGAUUAUUGCGCAUUUUGGACUGAUUUUAUCCCGAAGUUAACAGCUGUUACUUCAAAUAUUGGCGAAGAUGAAAUCCGAUGGAAAAAGGAAUUUCGUCAAUAUCAAGAACGUGUUCAACAAUGGGAUUAUUAUUAUACAAAAUAUUUAGAAUUGUUAGAUAAAAAUCGUGAAAAACUUUUCAAAUGCAUGGCUUAG